CUUCAAAAACCGCUGUAUUUGGGACACCAGCAAUCUUCUUGAACUAAGAUACUGCAAUACGCUUCAGUUCCGCUUUGCAGCAUUAUUACAGUCAAUUAUAUCAAUGAGGGUCACCAUGUCGCGUAUCUGUGAAUACAAUAAUACAGUCGGGUCACAGACUACUUACAAAGAAAGAAUUACUGUCUACUACACUGUUUUUUUUUUUUUUUUAUUCAUUUAUUUGUUGUUAUUGUAAAUGCAUGUGAACUCCAUACCCCCCUAGUGGACUGGUCUGUUUCCGAAUGAGAUUAAAACCCAACAGCAGUCUCUGGUUUUCGUGAAGAGAAUGAUGGCAGUUGCUGUGUCUUCUAUCACCUACCUGCGAGGCAUAUUCCCCGAAGAUGCCUACAGAAACCAAUACCUGGAAGAUUUGUGCAUUAAAGUUUUAAGAGAAGACAGUACCUGUCUUGGAGCAUCAAAAGUUGUGAAAUGGAUGACGGGUUGUUUUGAUGCUUUAGAAAAAGGAUAUGUACACACAAAUCCAGCUGACCCAAAUAGCAUAAUUGAGUCUUAUCAGUUCAAGUUCAGAUACACCCCAGAUGGUCCACAACUGGAUAUACUGAGCAACAAGAACGUUGAAUUGAAGCUAACCAUGAAGGACACGAAGAAAGCAUCAGUCCUCCUCAUCCGAAAACUUUUUCUCCUCAUGCAGAAUCUGGACACUCUUCCGAAUGAUGUUUCUCUUACAAUCAAACUCUACUACUAUGAUGAUGUGACCCCAACAGACUACCAGCCUCCUGGGUUCAAGGAAGGAGAGUGCGACAGCUUGUGGUUUGAAGGGACGGCUGUCCAUAUCAAAGUGGGAGAGCUGAAGAGUGGCUUCCACGUUAUGAAGGUGCAGGUUACUGCGGAUCAAGAGAAAGUCGAGCGAAUGCAAAGAGAGAACGCUUUGAAGGAAGACACUGGCGGUUCAGAAAAAAGAAAGGAAGAAGAACAAAAAUACAAACACAAAAAAGCUGCUUUGAAAUAACUAAACAAGCAAUUUGACCCAUAUCCACUAGAGGGCAUAUGACUACUAACACCUGCUUAUAGACAGAGCCUGUCGAUAAUGCGUACUUAUUACUUCCAGUUGUCAUAGUACCCAUAACUAUUUGUUGUUAGGACACUGAAAUGUGUCUUUGAUACUGCUGUAAAGAAAAUUAAUAUUGUUUUUUAUCUGUUACACGCAGAAAGCAUUAAUUUACAAACAGGCAUUAAAUUGCAAUGAAUUGAAUUGAGUAGCUCUGCUCAAAUCAACAGACAUGUACAGAAGUACAGGCUUGUGUUCAAUUUUGUUGCUAAUAAAACA